CAGCAACAGCAGCACAACAAGAGCAACGUCUACAGCUGAUUAUGCCGCCUACAAUCAUGACGAGCGAUUUUCCAACAUACGUAAAGAUGCGAAAAUCCAAAUCCACAUCGAGUCUCCUACUCGAGGAGGAGCCGCCGGCCAUUGUUUGGCGUCGUCACAUCAUCAACUCCCAGCCAAAAACCAGCACAGAGGCUAGCAAAACUGUUGACAGCAUGGAAUCACAGCAACAUGAACAAUUUUCACGCUUCACCACCACCAGCAACAGCAGCAGCAACGCGCGCCGCGCACGCAGCAGCAACAAUAAAGAUAGCAAUAUUACUAGUUGCAACAACAACAAGUGCAGCAAUGCAACGCCAACAACACCGGAGUCAUUGCGCUUUGGAUGUGCACACUAUAAGCGUCGGGCCAUGUUUGUGACACCGUGCUGCAAUAAGUUCUACAAGUGCCGCUUCUGCCACGAUGAGAACGAGACGCAUCAUUUCGAUCGGAAGACACUCACAGAACUCAUCUGCUCCGAGUGCAAUACGCGGCAGACGGUGCGCGAGCAAUGCGAGAAUUGUGGCGUGCGAUUCGGCAAGUAUACAUGCCUCAUAUGCAAUCUAUUCGAUGAUGCGGAUAAGCAGCAAUAUCAUUGCCAUGGCUGUGGCAUCUGUCGCAUUGGCGGCGCCGACAAUUUCUUUCACUGCGAAGUCUGCAACAUGUGUCUGCCCAUUCAGCUGAAGAUCGAUGGCCAUCGGUGCGUGGAGAACAUCUCCCGGUCGCAUUGUCCGGUUUGUUUGGGCGACAUACACACGUCGCGCAUUCCUUGCCACAUUCCCGACUGCGGCCAUUUGCUGCACAAGAUGUGCUUCGAUCAGCUGCUGGCAUCCGGCCAUUACACCUGCCCCACCUGCCAGACCUCGCUGAUCGAUAUGACGGCGCUGUGGGAGUAUCUGGACGAUCAGGCCCAGCGCAUGCCCGUAACGCUCAAAUACGAGAAUCAGCGAGUGCAUAUCUUCUGCAAUGAUUGUCACAAGACUUGCAAAACCAAAUUCCAUUUCAUUGGACUCAAGUGUGUGCACUGCGGUGCGUACAAUACCACGCAGGAUGUAAAGCGUCGCCUCUCUCUGGUCACCGAUGAGCCAUCCUCGGCAUGACAUUCACACAGGAAUUCUAUCUCUUGCCAUGCCACCCACACCAUACCCAAGAAGACCCCAUCCCAUAUUCGAACUAAUUUGCUAUUACAACAACAAACUGAAAUCGUAACGCAUUGAAUUUAGAUCAAAUUCGAGCUGGUAUCGAAUAUAUAAAACAAAAACAACAUACACACAACAAAAAAAAGGCUCCCUAAAUCAUUUUACAAUUAUAAUUAAAAUUACACUUCAAAUUAAAUA